AUGCAGAGAGGUAGAAAGUCUCUGGUUUCCAAAUCAAAACUUUCAUAUUGUUGUGAAUGGAAAGACUGCUCCAGCUCCUUUGAUGACAAGAAUUCACUCAAACGUCACCAGCUACAACACUUCAAAUCAUUAUGCGAACAAGUGUCACAGCGUAUGUCCCAUCCCACCUGUGGAAUAUGUGAUUCUCCUAUAAAUGUAUCUGAUCCGGAUGAGAUUGAAAGGCACUCGUAUUUUCAUUCUUGGGUCAAUCAUCUGAAAGUAGUUGGAAAGCAUUCCUUGUCAAUUAAUGAUUGGCCAUCUUGUAUGUGUGAUUCAAAGUCGUGUAAUUCAAUACCUGAACUCCCAACUAAAUUUGAGUGUGGUUGGGAGUACUGUGAUUUUAAAACCAACGAUGUUUCCGUAUUUAUUGAUCAUGUAUCAAAGCAUUCAGAGGAAUAUAAUGAUUCUCGUUAUCCGAAGGGUGUAGGAUUGAAAUGUUUAUGGGAGGAUUGUACUUAUGUAGCUCGUCGUUUAAAAAAUCUUACAGGUCAUUUGGAUACGCAUACUCAGAAUAAACGUGCAGCCUGUCCUACAUGUGGUCUGUUAGUUGUUAAUUUUCGAAAGUUAGAAGACCAUCUCAAACGUCAACAAGUCCAUUUGUUAAGGAAGAAUGCUAAUGUGAAUAUACAUCAUUCAGUUAAACCUGUAAAGUGCAAUCGAUGUCAACGACUAUUUAGUACACAGAGAUUAUUGGCUACGCAUAUGAAAAGGCAUAUUAAUACAAUGAAAUGUCCAUAUUGUGAUAUGACUGCCUUAGGCAAAUCAGCUCUGGAACGUCAUAUUUUAUUUCGUCAUACAAAUGAAAAAUCAUUUCCUUGUCCAUAUUGUCCUUUAGCAUUCAAAGUUGCCGAUAUUCUAGAAAGACAUCUGAAGGCUAAACAUGAUAAAAUGAAUGAAUCAGAAGAGGACAAUAAUGCAGCACUAACUGAUUCAUCAAUUCCAAUAGUCAAUCGUAAUCCUACUGAUUUAAACGCAAAAAGAAGGUCUUCUCACUCCACAUCUAUUGCUCCUGUUCAUGGACCGUUGGCUCAACACGGUGCACUGCCCCUUAUUAAUACAGAUUUAUUAACCCUUCCAGAAAUUGACACUCCUCAAUAUGCAUUAGAUAGAUUUAUUUGUCCUCAUGACGGCUGCGAUUACAAGACGAAUAAACGGAAUGGUUACCUUAUUCAUAUUGGACGUAAGCAUAACCUACUUCCAACCAAUGUAACACCAUCAGAUGAACAAAACAACCGUUUUGAAGAUUCUUCAAAUAAUUCACAGGAACGCUUGUACAUUUGUCAUCUAUGUCAUACAACUAAACGGCGAGGUUGGGAUUUAUCUAAGCAUUUAGUAAAUGUACACCACUUAUCUCGUCCAUCUGGUCAUGCACGCUUCACUUACACUAUAUCAAACGAUGGACAUUAUCGUCUACAAUUAACUCGUCUUGAUACUGUCGAUGUAGCCGCUGAACUACUCGGUGAAAAUGUUGUCAGUAAAUUAUUAGUUGAGACUAACACACAAAAACAAUUGCCUGUAUGUCAAUAA